GUUACACACCAUGGUGGAAACCAAUUGUCAAAUUUACAAAAAAAUUUACGCUUUCAUUUGGUUUUGUGAAUUUUCGCAGUUUUUGCAAAAAAAAUUGUGUAAUUAAAUCCGAUUUUCUUGAAAUGUGUAGUUAUAUUCAUUAUAUGUAAAAAUAAUUUGUUAAAACAAGAAAAAUAAAAUUGGGGGAAGUGAACUGUAAAAUGUUGUGAAAAAUCUAUAACAUAUCGGUGUUUUGGUGGCCUGAGUUCGGAGGGCGGAUGUUGAUUAGUAAUAUGAUGUCUUAGUAGAGAAAACUUAAAAAUUAUAAAAUUGCAGAAUAGAAUAUAUCUAUAAUCUAUAUAAAAUUUCCUUAAAAAAUGGCAAUGUCAAAAGUGAUGCGGGUUCUGGAAAAGUCUAUUCCACCAUCACCUUAUAGCGUCCUUCUAGAGCAUCGAAAUAAAAGUGAUAGCAUUCUUUUUGAAUCGCAUGCGGUUGCUUUGCUUUCGACUCAAGAAACUGAUGUAAUACGUAAGCAAUAUACCAAAUUGUGUGACGCUUACGGCUGCCUUGGAGUUCUUCAACUAAAUGCUGGAGAAAGUACUGUUUUGUUUCUGGUACUUGUUACUGGUUGUGUCUCAAUGGGAAAAAUUUGUGAUGUUGAGGUUUUUCGAAUUACGCAGACACAAUUUGUGGCAUUGCAAAAUGCAGCGCCAAAUGAAGACAAAAUAUCGGAGUGCCGCAAGCUGCUGAACUCGGGAACGUUUUACUUUGCACAUUCGAAUGCUUCGAUAACUAGUAGUUUACAAAAGUUUGAUAUAACAUUAUGCGCUCAACGGAGACAAAGGAUAUCUGAAACUGACAAUCGUUUUUUUUGGAAUCGAAUGAUGCAUAUACAUAUGCUUCGAUUUGGUAUAGAUUGUCAGUCAUGGCUUUUAAAAGCAAUGUGUGGAUCUGUGGAGAUUCGCACAGUUUAUGUUGGAGCCAAACAGGCUCGCGCCGCUAUUAUAUCUCGGUUAAGUUGCGAACGUGCCGGCACUCGGUUUAAUGUUCGGGGAACAAACGACGAAGGACAUGUUGCUAACUUUGUGGAGACCGAGCAGGUUAUUUAUGUGGAUAGUGAUGUGACUAGUUAUAUUCAAACCCGUGGGUCUGUUCCUCUUUUUUGGGAACAACCAGGUGUACAAGUUGGUUCACACAAGGUUAAAUUGUCAAGAGGUUUUGAGGCAUCUGCGGCAGCAUUUGAUCGACAUAUGGUGAUGAUGAAACAACGUUACGGAUAUCAGGCAAUUAUAAACCUUUUGGGCACUUCAAUGAUUGGUAGUAAGGAAGGUGAAGCAAUGUUAAGCAAUGAAUUCCAAAAACACCAUAAUAUGUCAACACACAAAGAUGUUUCACACAUUAUAUUUGAUUACCAUCAAGAAUGUCGAGGUGGAAACUUUGGUGCGCUUUUGAAACUGAAAGAGCGCCUCGGAGUUUGUGGAGUAAACUAUGGAUUUUUCCAUGCUUCCCAGGGGCAAGCAAUACGUGAGCAAUUUGGUGUUAUUCGCACUAAUUGCCUAGAUUGUUUGGACCGCACCAAUUGCGUGCAAACGUUCCUUGGUUUAGAUAUGCUCAAUCAACAAAUUGAAGCUUUAAAAUUGGGAGAGAAAAAACAGAAUUUCUCUAGAUUUGAAGAAAUAUUUCGUCAAAUGUGGGUAAACAACGGCAAUGAAGUUAGUAAAAUCUAUGCAGGUACUGGAGCUAUACAAGGUGGCUCCAAACUAAUGGAUGGAGCGCGAUCAGCAGCUCGUACUAUUCAGAACAAUUUGUUAGACAACUCGAAACAGGAAGCAAUUGACAUUUUAUUACUCGGAUCAACACUUUCGUCAGAGUUGGCUGAUCGAGCUCGAAUAUUAUUGCCAUCGAAUAUGCUGCAUGCGCCAACUACAGUUUUAAGGGAAAUGUGUAAACGCUUCGCCGAGUAUGUGGCUCCCCGUACCUGUCGUGUCGCAGUUGGUACAUACAAUGUAAAUGGCGGUAAACAUUUUAGAAGUAUUGUUUUUAAAGACUCUUUGUCUGAUUGGUUACUAGACUGCCAUGCAUUGGCACGAGCUAAAGCACUAGUCAACGUGAAUAAUCCGUCAGAGAACGCAUGCGAUCCAGUUGAUAUAUAUGCGAUUGGUUUUCAAGAGAUCGUUGAUUUGAAUGCCUCUAACAUUGUUGCUGCCAGCACAGACAAUGCCAAAUUAUGGGCAGAGGAAUUGCAAAAGACUAUUUCCCGAGAUAAUGAUUAUGUGCUUCUCACAUAUCAACAACUAGUAGGUGUGUGUUUAUAUAUAUAUGUUCGACCGGAGCAUGCGCCAUUUAUUCGUGAUGUUGCUAUUGAUUGCGUCAAAACUGGACUUGGGGGCACCACUGGAAAUAAGGGAGCAUGUGCGAUACGCUUUGUUUUGCAUGGAAGUUCUAUGUGUUUCGUAUGUGCCCAUUUUGCUGCUGGGCAAUCACAGGUUGCUGAGCGUAACGCAGAUUAUGCUGAAAUAACAAGAAAAUUGGCAUUUCCCAUGGGACGUACUCUCAAGUCGCAUGACUGGGUGUUUUGGUGUGGCGAUUUCAAUUAUAGAAUUGAUAUGGAAAAGGAUGAUUUGAAAGAAGCUAUAAAGAUCGAAGAUCUCACAUCUGUGUUGCUGAAUGAUCAGCUGCGUAAGGAGCAAGAAUCGGGCAAUGUUUUCAGCGAUUUUCUGGAAGGAGAAAUUAAUUUCGACCCGACGUACAAAUAUGAUUUGUUUAGUGAUGAAUAUGAUACGUCAGAAAAACAACGCGCCCCUGCUUGGACUGAUCGUGUAUUGUGGCGUCGGCGCAAAGCCUUAGCCGCCGAAACAGAUGUAAAUAGUGUUGAAUGGAAUCCAGGUAGACUUAUUCAUUAUGGCCGUUCAGAAUUGAAGCAAAGUGACCAUCGCCCAGUUAUUGCUAUUAUUGAUGCAGAAAUUGUUGAAAUUGAUUCACACCGACGGCGAGAGGUAUUUGAACAGGUCAUAAGAGACCUGGGCCCACCUGAUUCUACUGUUGUUGUGCACGUAAAAGAGGAUGUUGUUUAUGAUGACGGCCCGACUAUAUAUGAUGAAGCAGUAAUGUCAACGCUUAUUCAAGAAUUGUCGAAGUUAGGCGAAGUUACUUUGGUUCGAUAUGUAGAGGACACAAUGUGGGUAACAUUUCGAGAUGGUGAAUCAGCAUUACAUGCGAGCAAUAAAAAAUCGAUUCGUAUUUGUGGUUUGGAGCUACAAUUUCAACUAAAGACGUCAAAUUGGCAACCAUUAGUUGAUAAUGAAAUUGAAUUGUGUACAACUAACACUAUACCUUUAUGUUCCAAUCCGCAAGAACAAGCACGGUUAUUCAGUAGUUCACCUGAUAUUCCCAAGCGUCCCAAACAGCCUCCUGGUCGACCAGCACCAGCUCGCCCACCAAUCCCUAUGUCACCCAAAAAUUCGCCGCGUCAUCAACCUCAUGUUGGAGUAAUUAGUGUUGUGCCUGAUAUGCUGCAAUCUAAACCUUCCAAACCUUUAAUGACACAACCCUUACAGCCCUUACCAGUUUCUUCUCAAAGUAACCAAAAAAACACUAAAAUGGAUGGCAGCGAAAGUAUAUCGUCAUCUAAAUCACAGUCACCUAUUGAAACUCAACAAUGCUCUCCAUUACAUACGUCAUCUGCCGCUUCACCAGUUGAUUUGUCUGAAGGACCAUUUCCCCCCACACCUCCUAGACAAAGCAAAAAUUCGACACCAGUAUCCACACCAAUACGUCAACCGAAACAAGAAGGUGUUUCAACUUUUUACGAUGGCAGUGCUAACAUAUAUGAAGAAAUACAAGAUGAAAUGCCAGCGCCUAGACAUCCACCACCUCCGUUUCCAUCAACGUCAAAUCAAGAAAUUGCUUCCAAUGUCUCUAUUGAAAGUCCUCGUAGACAAACCAAUUCGGCACCAAUAGGCCCACCACCGCCAUUACCGGCGCGGCGAGGACCUCCACCCAUACCUAAUCGUAGUGGAAAUGCACCACCACUACCUACUCGACCAGGCAAUAACAAUUAAA